AUGGCUUCCUCUACGCCGUCGCCUUGCUUCACGAGGCGGGCCACCAUCUGGAGGCAGCUUGCGCUUCGCAGUGAUGUAGAUGACAUCAUCCUCGAACUGCUUGGACGGUUCUCCCUCGAAAAGCUCUACCUGGCAGGAGGGGAAAAGACACAGUACCAAAAUGUCAUCACCAACCUGCUUGUCCAGCUCGAUGCCAUCUUCUACAUCCAACGUCUUACGAUCCCGUCCCGGCAAUUGCAACAUGGCCCAUUCCUCGGGUUCCUGGUUAGCUGGGAGGUUGCUGCACGCACCGUGGAAUUGGUUCUCCAGACCAUCGUCGAAGGCCGAGAUAGCCUAUGGGAAGCCAAUGCGCUGCGAGACGAGUACCUUGCCGAGUUUCUGCUCAGCGCCCUCCGCGUCCUACAACUCCAUCCACGUUCACCACCGCUCCAGCGCCCCAAGGACCGCCGCGCCAGAUUUGCCAGGAUUCAUCGGUUACUCGAGCAGAUAUUUGACGCCUACCCCGGCCCAAAGUCAUUCCUACUCGCAAUGUGCAAGGAAGUAACUGGCCGCCUGCAUGGGGAUGCUCAUUCGUUGUGCUUACCGCUCCGAAUGCAGCACGGUGCCCCAAAUCUGACUGAAGAGCUGUAUCCACUAGCUGGCUGUCUGCUACCACCGUACAUACUGGAGUUGGUUCCAGCCGAUACGACAUCGCCCAGCUGGGUAUCGCAGUUCCUCGCACUACGAGACAUCUCCCAGUAUACAAUCGGCGCCUCAUUGCAACAUGCAUCUAGCUCCGAUAAAUACAACAUGCUGCUACGGCAAUGCACACUUGAGUCUCGAGAUGCCGUCUUCUCAGCUCUUCAGAGUUUACAAAUUCCUAGCCAAUUCUCAAAGGUCGACGUUGUCGCAUCAUUCAACACCUACUUCCGCUUGGUUCUAUCAGACGUGCCGGACUUGGCAAAUUUAAGCGUCGAAGAGCCUGCAAAAGGCGAAUACAUAGCCGACGCUCUGGACGAACUCUCGGAAAAGUUAGCUCAACGACAGGCUAUCCACCGCGCCAGCGACAGAGAGGCUGCGUUCAAUAUAUCGAGGGUCAUAAGGAGUACACAAAUCCAGGACGACCCCGAUGGAGACUACACAGGGUCUCAAUGUCCGUCGCAAUACGUAAUUAACUGUCCGAGCAGCCAUACAGUGGGGGGUUCACAGCUGAGGGCCAACGGAAUCAAUACUCGUCUGGAGUCGACUCCGUUGCAUGAAAUACGGCUACCGGAGCAUUCAACAUGUAUAACGUGCGAUAGAGAAGCCACUGUCGCCCGCGAACUGCCGUUGGCAAGAAAGGCCUGGGAGUUGCUGAGCCCACUCCAAGUCAAUGCCGAUUCCGUCAACGCUGAGCGCCACAUGUCGAACAGUUUCCAGUUUGGCUCCCCGGACACCGAACCUCACGAUCUGUUCGGCUAUAGCACGUUUACCACCGUUCUAGGUGUAGAUGUUCCAAUAACGCUGGACUCCGACAUUAUGCCCGCGCAAAGCAAACCUGUGACCAGAGGCACAGCACCCUCCAUCAUGGACCAAUCGAGCAACAACUCUCUAGGGCCAUCGUAUUCCAUCUCUAGGAAGGAAAACUCCCUUAUGGCUCAUAUAAGACCUUGGAUUGCUGCGAACCCCCCCACUAGACGAGAGAUGUCGCCUGAAAUUGGCCCAGGCAGCAGCCACUCGCAGCAAGACAAUAGAUCAGUGGCGGAAUUGUCACGCUUCUCUAUCGACACUGUUUCCUCUGCAAGACGUAACGUUUCAGAGCAACCAUCAAUCAACUCCCCUGCCUCUCCUAGAUUGCCACUGGACAAUGACAAGGUGCGCCAGCGGUGGAAAGUCCCCAUCCCAUUCGUAUCAGCCAAGCGACCACUCCCUACAGUCUCUGGGGAGUCUAGCUCCAUCUCAUCCGACCGGAUUGAUGAGCAGCCGAUGGAAGAGAUCCCAAUCAAGGGGCUGCUUGGCUCAGGACUCAAAGCUCCUAACAAAGCCAAGACCAACAUACAUGUCGCCCUCUCACAAAGUUCGUCGUAUGGCCUUCUUUGGAGCCAGUCUAUGAUCCAUGUCUGGGACCUCGGCACAACACCUCCCAGUCAAGUUCAAACAAUUCCAACAGAGAGCACCUGUAUCCUGGCAACUGUCGGAAGACGCUAUGUUGCAUACGUACUUGGAAGUCGUGAUCAAAAACUGACGCUUCGCAUAAUGGACCUCACUCAGACCUUGCCAAAAGUGACAGAAUACAGAGAACCAGAUCAAGUAACAGUAUACUGGAAACCAACGGUCCUGUAUAUGUCUCGUCAACGGCGUCUCAGCGAGGCACACACAAGGGCAAGGUCGAAAGGCACACCAAGAAAACAGCUGAAACUUUUGGGGUGA